AACUGUUUUUCAGCAACCGUCUGCUCAUUGUGUUUUGUCGUCGGGGAGAGAGGAAAGGGCAGGGAGCGGGACCAUUGAAGUCUAGGGCUGUACUUUUUUUUUUAACUAUUUCAUUAACAGUUUAGCAUUAUUGGGGCAGCAUAAUGACCGAUAAAAUGGAUAUGUCUCUAGACGACAUUAUCAAGCAGAACAGGCAGCAGAGAGGUGGAGGCCGGGGCGGCAGAGGUCGAGGCCGCGGAGGCGCAGGUGGCGGCGGCCGUGGAGGAGGAGGCCCCGGGCGUCUCGGAGUCAGCGGUGGAGGAUUUGGAGGCCGAGGCGGCGGAUCCGGCCCGAUGAGGAACCGACAGAUCCCGAAACGCGCUAGAGGCAGACCAACGCCUUACAGCAGGCCUAAACAGCUUCCAGAUAAGUGGCAGCACGACAUGUUCGACAACGGCUUCAGCGGCUUCAAUGGUGCUGCUGGAGGUGGAGGAGGAGCUGGCGUGGAAACUGGAGGGAAGCUCCUCGUGUCCAAUCUCGACUUUGGGGUCUCAGAUGCAGAUAUUCAGGAACUUUUUGCUGAGUUUGGAACUCUGAAAAAGGCUGCAGUUCAUUACGACCGAUCAGGAAGAAGCUUGGGAACUGCAGAUGUCCACUUUGAAAGGAGGGCAGAUGCGCUCAAGGCCAUGAAGCAAUACAAUGGCAUCCCACUGGAUGGGCGCCCUAUGAACAUUCAGCUCGUCACAUCACAGAUCGACACACAGAGACGGCCAAUGCAGGGUCUGAACAGAGGCGGCGGCGGAGGAGGCAUGAUGAACAGAAGUCGUGGUGGUGGCGGCUUUGGAGGCAUGCAGAGAGGCCGUGGAGGGCGUGGUGCAGGUGGCCCUAGAGGACGUGGACGAGGCGGCCGUGGUGGUGGUAGUAGUAGCAAGCAGCAGCUGUCAGCAGAGGAGCUCGAUGCCCAGUUAGAUGCCUACAAUGCCAGGAUGGACACCAGCUAAGAACGUAAAAACGAGCUCCUGAGGGUCGUCGUCCCUUCCUGUCUGCACAGAAGGGUGGCUGUUACAAAUGUGCAGAAUAUUUUACACUUGGUUGUCUUCUAAUGUGAUUGAAAAUAUUGCCCCACCUCUUGUUUUAAAUGCUCCAAAGUGUUUUUUACCAGUUUUGUUUGUGAUAAUUUUUUUUUUUUUUUUUUUUUUGUUUGUUUGUUUGUUUGUUUUCUUUUCUGAUGGAAAAAAUGGUUUCGACUGUAGGUUCUGGAUCUGGGUUUCCCCAGUUUGUUCUUCUACCCUGUAGUUAAACACUUGUAAUAAAAACCUGCAGUGCAUAUUAACCACAUUAAAUGUCCCAGUUUUUGUUUUCUGGUCAUAUGUCUACUUGUGUACAAGUUCACUAUAAAAUGUAUGAUUUCACCUGUAGUGUAUCAGGAUUAAAGACCUGUAUUUGCUGACAUUUCUGUAUUUUGGAAUAAACACUUGCAUUGUUUUGGCAACUUGCAACAACUGUAAAACACAGAUUUGCCAUUUAAAGGGAAAAAUAAAACGAGUGACCUAGAA